UUUUGAUGUGCAUGUGCCGGGCGUAUUACUUUAGCGCCCGCCCAACCGUCGUUCACUACUCACAAGUGAAUACAAUAUUAUUGAAGACAGAGAUGGAAGAGAGGUCUUCGGCACACAAGAGGAAGGCCUGCGCUCUACCGUUGACUCGAGUGAAGACAAUUAUGCGCUCUUCACCGGACGUGUCGUCCAUCAGUCCUGAAGCCAUCGCAUUGACAGCACACUCGGCGAAACUAUUCAUCAGUCAAUUAGUUGGCGAUUCACUGGACGAGAGUCACAGUGGAGACCAAUUGGAGUACAAAGACUUGGCUCAUGUUGUGGCCACUCAUAAGCGGAUGGCUUUCCUUCAGGACAUUUUGCCGCAGAAGAUGACGGUUCGAGACUUCGACCGAUUGGUCACAGAAUACGAGAAGCAACACAAGAGUGUCGGUCGAGACCACAAGCAUUAGACAUGUCUUAUGACAACAUUUGUAUUAUUUGUUUCAAUAAAAAUAAGCCCAACUUAUCAUAAGA